AUUCCGUGUCACGAUCAGGACAGUUGCUACCCGUUGGCAUUCGGUGUGCCUGCGGGCUUGAUGAUUCUCGCAACGAUUAUUUUUGUGCUCGGCUCGAGAUCCUACAAAAAGUAUCCUCCAAAAGAGAAUGUUAUAGCCAGAGUUACCAAAGUUAUCAUUACCUCUUUGAGAAAUAAAGUGAAAUCUGCCGAAUAUCGUGAACAUUGGCUAGAUCAUGCACUGGACGGGCAUAAUUGCACCACAAAUAGCAUGUGUCUUGAGAUCGGUGAGAAAAAAUCACUGAACGAAACAUGUGCUCAGAGAGUUUUCGUUGAAGAUGUUAAAGCUCUGCUGAGAGUUACUGUAAUGUUGUUACCGAUUCCAAUGUUCUGGGCUCUUUACGAUCAACAGGUUACGAACGAGAUUUCAGGGUUCCAAAUGGGUCUUACAAGCAGUCUCAAUGGAUUCGCGUAUCUCUUCGAACUACCUCCUACUACCAGACCAAAUGAGCGUUGUCAACGCGAUCCUCAUUAUUUCCUUGUCUAUCCAGCGGUUGAAAAAUGUGGAAUCAGGACAACUCCUUUACGAAGAAUGGUUGCUGGAGGGGUUGUGGCAGCGUUGGCUUUCGUUAUAGCCGCUUUAGUACAAUUUCGAGUCAAUUACACUCUUCCCGACCCUCCUUCAGCCAACGUCGCUUUCGUUUCGUUCUCGAACGUCUACGAUCGAUGUAAUUUGACUUUGUCUUCGCCAGAUCUUCCUACGAAAACAAUUCCUUUCAAUAGUUCUUUGGUAGACGAUGAAGUUAUUGGUCUACAUCAAGCUUAUAGAAUCAACGUUGGGAGCCGUAACCGACAGAUCACAUUCACGGUUACGCCUCAAAAGCCAUGCACUGAUAUACCAACCAAAUUCUCCAUGAAUCUCAAAGGUGGGCAGGCCUACCAAGGUAUAUUAACUCGACAUGGCUUCACUUACAAUCCUAUAAAACUGGAGAAGCCAAAAACUGGUCAAGAACAGUCAUUACUCAAUGUUAAUUUGAUGGUGCCCUAUGAAGCACUACCAAAAUCCGUUUUUUGGGCGAACUGUUCGAAUAUCAGCACCGAUUGUCCAGUAUACUCCAAAGGCUUAGCUUUAUGCAAGCAUAACACGCAUGGAAAACCCAUAUGUGAUGCUCAUGAUAGAACAGCUGUAUUCGGUUGGCCGUAUGGGAGAGUAAAUGAAAAUAAGACUGCUGUCUUCUACACAUUCAAAGAUAUCGAUGUUGGAACGUUUGAUGUCUUCUACAUCGCACAUAAAUAUACGGAUACUACCGAUCGUGACUUGAUUCAUCAGUUCUAUUAUAUACCCUUGGAUGGUGUCACCGUACAGGUUAUUGGUAUCGGAGCAAUGUAUUCAUUGACAAUUCAGACCAAUUCUUCUAAUCCAAAGGCUCUCGAAUGGAAUAUGAACACACUUAUACCUGCAAAUGAGAUGAAUAUUUUAUGGCAAAUUCCGCAAUAUGUUGUAAUUACGGCUGCCGAAAUAUUGAUCUCGAUCACUGGACUUGAAUUCGCUUACUCACAGGCAAUCGAAAUGCUGGUGUAUGCAGCCGUCAUGUUGGUUGUUAUAUGCAUAUUCGCUCUUCAAGCAGCAUUCUAUUAUCACUACGUUGACUACGCAGACAGUCAAGAUUCAGAAGAUGUAUUCACCCAAGAUUCAAAAGAUACUUCUUCUCGUAAAGAACUAGGCAAUGGAACGAAUCAAUCUUGA